UUUUUAAAUAACAUGGUUUAAGAAUUAAUAUUAAAAAUUCAUUCGGUUAAAAGCAAUAAAAUGUCGAUUCAAAUCCGUACAAAACGAGUAAAAACCCAAGUUGUUUCAAGUUGUUUAUAUCCAUGUAGAAAAACAUUUGGCUUUGCAUUAAAAUAUACUGCAAAGGGUAAUGGUCCAAAAAAAUGGCAAUAGUAGGCAAUCACUCAACCGACUGUUUUAUUACAUUAAGCGAGUGUGACUCAAAAAAUAUAGGUUAUACACGUGUACUCGAUAUAAAUUCUCUUAAACUGCACGAACAUAGUCGAAGUGGGGUUUAGAUAUUUUAAUGAACGCUAUAAUUGUAUUCGUAAUUGACAAAUCAAUAAAAUCAGAAAAUAACCGUCCCUAAUACUUUGUACACGAAUAUCGGAAGUUUAGAUUGACAUGACUGUGGUUCAGGUAAUAGUUUACGUUAGUUACCAAAGAUAAUGUUUAGAUUUUUAGAAGUUUGGAUAAAUUUACAUAGCGUGAUUAAAUUAAAUAUGAAAAUAAGGUACCAUCAGGCACAUUUGAAGAAAUGCUGUCUUGUUAACAUAAAUCAUGCCGAUAUCAGGAUAUUCAGGUUGGCUGUUUGCAGGUCUUGCAGGUCUUGCUGGGUUAGCUUUAGCAGCAUUUUAUAGAAACCGAGAACCCCCACUCGAAGACCAAGAAGAUGAAAGUAUGCAAGAAUAUGAGAGUGUGCAAGUUCCACCAUGGAGCAGUAGAAAAAAACUGGACUUCUUUUGUAAUGCAAGUGACGUGUUGAUUCAAUUACCGAUAUACGAGGCUAAUCAAAUAGAAAGAAAUUCUUAUAAUGUUUUAGUAAGAGGAAAUUGGCGUUUGCACUUAACACCUGGAAUUAAAAACUAUUUAUUUCCAACAACAGCUGUUAUAAACAACCGCCGCAUAAGCAAUCAGACCCAACCAGAUUAUGACGAAAACUAUUUAUUUCCGAUAACAAGGGAGCCAGGUUAUAACGCAACAUCUGUGAUGUCUUUAUUACAGGCCAUACGAAACAAUGGCAUUAGAGAGGAUUAUGACCAGUUGCCGCCAGAUAUUAAAACAGAGUUUGGAAACUAUCCGGCUGGUUAUUUACGAUACUGGACUAGCAAGUUCCCUGACCUUUUGAUGCAUGUUUAUAAUGUGAUGAUAGUUCAUAGAGCAGAUCCAAGGAUGCGUAGAUUUUACAGGGAGAUGUAGUUUUACAUGCUUUUAAACCAAUGUUGUAACAGCGCUCAUGUAACAGAAAUAUAGAAAGAUACAUAUGUAUAAACUUGUGAGGAGUUUGUUAACAUACAAAACAAAAUGUGCAAAAUAUCAACAGACUUAUUGUGUAAGAAAUAUGUUAUAUGUAUGUUUGCCUCUGAAUGUAAUAUGUUUACUUCUAAUCAUUCUAAUGCAUAUUUUUGUAAAUACUUUUCAAAUUUAAUAUUGUCAAAAAAUGCUUUUUUAAUAUUAUUGUUUUAGAAAAACAUGAGCUCUAGUAAACCAGCCCGGUUCUUUUUUCAUGUGCCUUGCAAUUACUUUAUAUAUGAUAAAUAUGCUUCCCAACUUUAAAUAAAUCAUUUUUAAGAAUAAUAAUAAUGAAGAAAUAUUACUUCAUCUUGUUUUGUCAGUUGGUAUAUAUUUAUUGUUAUCAAAUUUGGUUUAUUUCAGUUUUAAAUAUCUAAAUUAAAUGUUUUAGUAUAACUAUUGAAUCCUUUAAAGAUAAUUUCAAAUACAUAUACACUACAUGUAUGAUUUCUUUAUGAAUGAUGUUUUAUGUCUGUAUAGUAUUUGACACAUAUGGUAGAUUGGCUGAAAAGGAAUAAACCUACCAGAGAUCAAAUAUUGUCUACUUAUUGUUACAGGCACAAGUAUCAUAAAAACAAAUUUUACACAACUUGGAUAUUACCAAAAUAAUAAUUUGAUAUCCUAACAGUGUAAAACAUAAAUCCAAACUGUUGUCCAAGUGUGGAGCAGAAAUGAAGUGGUUACAGUGUCUUUCGCUGUUAUAAAGGGUUGUGGAUCUUAACCCUAAUUUGGACACCACCAUGUUUAAUCGUAUGAAGCCAGAACUGAUUUAAAUCCAUCAGUCUUCAAAGUGAUAAAGAUACAAAAACAAUCAAGUAUUCACAUGAUUUAAACAUAAAAGACAUGAUUUUUAUUAUAAAACACAUAAUUUAUACAUAAAAUGAAUGAUUUACACAUAAAACACUAGA